GUUACAAGUAUUGUUUGUGUACGGAACUACAGCUUGGGCCCUGAAUAAAAAAAUAUUUUAAGAAUCUUGAAGUAAGCACGAAAGAUGAUAAAAGUUGCUGAUAACAUUGAUGGAAACACUGAUCGAAAUAGCAAAGACCAUGUGAACUUGCAAUAUGAAGAAAAUAAAGAUUUAAAUGCCGAGGACUAUAUCAACGAUAUUAGUGGUGUUAUUUGUGCCAGGGCAAAUUUAGACCCUUUAAAUACAAGGUCUGCUUCAAACGUUCAAAGCCAGCAGAACCAAACUCCCAUCGUGAUAGAAAGAAGCUACGGCCCAAAAUCAUGUAUUUGCACCAUCUGUAACAAAAAUUUUACAAGAAAGCCAGACUUGGACCGACAUGUGCGGAAUGUGCAUACAUUAAGAACAGGUACUCAUUCCUGCUUUAUCUGCGACAAGAGGUUCAAAGAAAGGGCACAUCUAAAGCGCCACGUAGAGAGUGUUCAUGGUAAAACAUUGCCCACUCCAUUUACUUGCGGUUUAUGCCAGGAGGCUUUCACUACAGAUAGAUUAUUGCAGUUACACAUGAAAAUUCAUACCUCGGCGACGCCAUUUAAAUGUGAAAUCUGUUCCAAAUCUUUUGUCUCUAAGAGGAACUUAGCAAUGCAUGUAUCAGCGGUUCAUCUGAAAGAAAGACCAUUCGAAUGUCAACAGUGCCAGAAAAAAUUCUCAAGGAAAGGUCAUCUUGAACGUCAUAUGAUGAGCCACAGAAAUGAAAAGCCACAUCUAUGCGAUGUCUGUGGUAUGGCGUUUUUAACGGCGGGCAAUCGUAAAGCUCACGUUAAACGAGUUCAUUUGAAAGAGAGAAGCUAUGAGUGUGGGAUUUGUAAAAAGAGUUAUUUCUGUUCAAAAACUCUCAGAUAUCAUUUGAAAACACAUACAGGUGAGAAGAAUUAUGAAUGUGAAACAUGUGGCAAACAGUUCAUUAUUUUAAAAUCUUUAGAAAACCAUCGCCAACUCCAUUCUGGAUAUCGACCUUUUGCCUGUGACAAUUGCGACAAAACUUACGUGGUUGCGUCGCAUCUCAAACGGCAUCAAAAGGAGGGAGGAUGUAUGAUAAACGCUUUAAAGAAACGGAAACAAUGAGAAAUUUAUUUAUGCAAUUAGAAUGAUUGUAUGUCUUUCAGUUUUAAGGUUCAAGGACGAAAAUCGCCUGCACCGUUACCGAUUGUUCAAUGUACCGGCAGAAACUUUUAUUCGUAUAUUACAUUUAUGCGUAAUUGUAAUUUCUUUUGUGUGUGAAAAUAAUAAUAAAAAAAAGCUUCUGUACAUCCAUCUUUUAUCCCUAAAGCAGCGCUAUUCUUCUGUCUGUUCUUGAACUUUUUGUCGUGCUUUGAGGGAAAAAACCUGAAUUUUGUCACUUUACUUGAACAAUAUUUGUUGUUUCAACCUGUCUGAAGUAUUUAAGCUAUAUUUCGACAGUAAAGCUAAAUAAUUAAUUCAUGUGACCUCUUUUAAAUGUUUUUAUUUCUCUGUUGGCCCCCGUUAUCGAAUCUAACCCCCCCCCCCCUCCGAAAACCAGAGACGAUUUUCUGCGUGCCAAUGGAGUUGUCUGAUCAUGGGUUCUCUGGCUUAGAAAUAGCCAAUUGAAUUUCUUCUUUCUAUUGCAUGAUCAUACGCGGAUUAAGAGAGGGGGGGGGGGGGGUCCGGACUUUUUUGUUGGUUUGUCAAGAAAUUUCUGGAUUGGAAAUAUUUUUUGAAUGCCCCCCCCCCCCCCGGAAAAAAAUUCCUGGAUCCGCGCCUGAUGAUGAAUUACAUAUUUGAAUUUGAAGAGAUUUUGCUCAAUAUUUAUGGAGUUUUAACCCUUUGAACAUCUUCUUUCCUGACAAGUCAGUUUUCAAAGCUUCUUUUAGUCAUAGUUUGAGAUUAUUAUUUGGUACUUGGCAUGCUGAUUAUCAUCGUAAGUCAAAGAUCAAGUUCGAGACUCUGUCUAUAUUAAAAGGAGAGUCAUUGCUUUUUAAAUGCUUUAUGCAGAGAAAACAAAUCCAGGGACUAUAAGGAAUUGUGUAAAAUUGUAUUGCAUGCAAUUAUGUUAUAUUUUUCUUUUCUUUUUCCCUGUUGUCUGUCAUUUGAUUUCUUAUUUUGACUGUAUACCAACAUGGUGAUGUCAAUAAAUUGAAUUAAAAUUCA